CUCAUGCUUUUCCCAAUCGAGACCUGAUGGCAUCCUCCUCUUCGAAUGCUGAAGGAAGCUAUGGUCUCAAUAAAAGGUCUGUGAUCGGCCAAGAAUCAAAGCCACCGACAGAGCAGCUUUACUCGGAAGUACGUCUGUUUAUCGCCAAUCUCACUUCAUCUGUUUCCGAACAUGAUUUGCUCACCGCUUUUCGACCUUAUGGCACUUUGAAGAACUUAGACUUGGUAUUCCACAAGAACGGACCACAGAAAGGUCAGCCAAAAGGCUAUGCAUUUGUUGAAUAUGCAGAAGCGAAUCAAGCUGCUAAAGCAAAAGCAAGCUUAGAUGGAAAACCAUUACGUGGAAGAGAGAUGCAUAUCGGAUUCGCUUCCAUCAAUUCUAGUGCUGAUCAUACCCGGCUUUAUCGCGGAGGAAUGCAGAAGAGGAGUGGUGGGAGACAUGCUGAAGAACCCAGUAAACCGACUUCACUCAGUCUAAACAAGAACUUAACACGCAACGAUACCACCAAUUCACGCAUUGCUGCUAUGGAAGCCAAAUUACAAGCGAUGAGAGAUCGUCAAGAGGAAAAGAAGCCUUCCACACCUUCAUCGACACUUCCUGCCAGGCCGCGUCAUCUGCCUCCCAAACCGAUGGAUAGCUCCAAAAGAUAAUGAUCAUGAUUGUACUUUACCAUAUAUGCAUCUGUAACAAUAGCAUUUAUUAAUGACCAAC